AUGUAUGGAUGCAAAGAUAUCCACGGGGCGGUUCGUCCUAUUCAGAUAUUCACGACCAAGAAGUACUGGAUUCUCUUUCGGAUAGGCCCUGAAAGGAGAAAGAGAAGGAAGGCUGGAAUGCCAACAGACAGGUAUAAAGCGCAUGAGCUUGAGCUGUCUCAAAAAUGUUGCAAUGAUUUCGCUCAGCUACUUCGUUAUGUUCGGAAGCGAGAUGUUCAGGAGCCAGAGCCUCUUAGGCUUAGGAGGUCGUCAAUGAAGCUCAGCCGAACUUCCUUAAGAGAAAGAGGAAAUCACCGCUUGGUUGUUUACCAACGGAAAGCAUGGGAAAAAGACCAAAGAUAUCAUACGCUCUCUUCGGAGAGCGGCAUACCGAAAAAAAGAAAAGGGUUAUCGGAUUGGAAGCGAUGA